AACCCUAAAUACCUCUCAAUACCAACUCAGCAAUGGCAAAGCUCACCAUCCUCUUCGCCACCUUCAUUGCUCUUCUCUUCAUUGUCGAUGCUUCCGUCAUCCGAACAACCUCCGUGACGGUCGACGACGAGGACGACGCAAACCAGAGCUUUCAGAGCUGUCGCGACCAGCUUCGGAUGCAGCAAAAUCUCAGCCCUUGCCAGGACUAUAUCAAGGGACGAGUCACCGGACUCGCUCCAGUCCGGGGCUUCAACCCACGCCUACGUGAAUGCUGCAACCGUAUUCAAAGAAUGCAGACACAGUGCCGGUGCCAGGCUCUGAGGAUGGCCAUUGAUCAGCAACAGGGAGGGCUUCGAGGACAGGAUACUCGCCAGGCUUACAGAAUUGGCGAGGACUUGCCUUAUACUUGCGGUGUUUCACCAAUGAAAUGCAAUUUCGGAUCGCGAUUUUUGUUCUAAACAACAGAAGUUUGCGCAUAGUUUAUGUAAUUGUGUGUAGUAGUUAAUAAAGAAAAUCUCUAGCUCUGCAACUUUAGAAUGGAGCUUUAGAGUAUAAAAAUGACAGAGUUGUCAUUUCAGAAUAAACACAUUGUUGUGUGUACGUAUCAGUUCAAUAUAUGAAUGAAGUGGUCUGAGUAAAAUAAUUGUGAAAGUUUUGAUUAGCGAAAUAAAGUUCCUGCCUUUUGUUCA